AUGAGGAUCGCGCUCCGGAGCCUCGGCCGGCUCGCCCUGCUGCUGGCCUCGCUCCCGUGCGCCCUGGCCCUUGACGCCCAGCCGGGGCACGCCGCCGGAGGAGGAGGACGAGGCGGCUCCAGCGUGGCUCCGCCGGGGGCCGGCGUGGGGUCGCCGGGGGGAGCGGUGCUCUUGGGGCCAGGGAGGUCCCUCCCUUCUUCGCCGCCGCCGCCGCCCUCUCCGUCCCCGCCUCCCCGGGAAGAAGAAGAAGAGGACCUGAACGAGCUCAGCUCCUGGGCGGCGGCGGCCAACGCCACGGGGGGCCAGCCCACCUUGCCCGCCCAAGACGACCCCACCCCCGCGGCCACCUCCAGCGGAAGUCCCGCGGGGAGCCCGACCGCCCCGCCGCCCCCUGACACCCCCAGCCCGGCCCUCGCCGCCACGGCCUCCCCCUCGACGCCUCCCUCUUCGGCGGCCGGUCCCGGGGAAGGACCGACCCCGAGCAUCCCUGGCGACGUCAGCACCGGCAGCCCGACCGCAACGCCGCCGCCGCCGCCCCAGGCGGAGGAGGAGGAGGAGGAUCUGGUGGGCCACAGCGGCACAGACGUUUUCUGUAACUGCAGCUUGCUUGGGAGUACGGGCCUGAACGACUGCAACACGACGACGGGGCAGUGCAGGUGCCACAAGGGCUACGGCGGCCAGCAGUGCGACAGAUGUGAGGCCGGCUACUAUCCCGAGCUGAGCAGUGGGCGCUGCCUUGCGUGUGGCUGCCAUUUCGCAGGCGCCGUUUCCUCUUCCUGUGAAAACUCCGGAAGAUGUCUGUGUAAAGCUGGAGCGGCGGGCCUAAAAUGUGCCGAAUGUCAAGAAGGGUACUCCAAGUUCAACAAAAGCACUUGUGAACCGUGUUGGUGCAAUAACCAUUCCAAGAGCUGCCAUCGUGAGACCGGCAUUUGUCUGGAUUGUCAGGGAAACACCAAAGGUGCAUAUUGUGAAAAAUGUAAAGACCAGACCUACCGAAAUAUCUCACAUCACCACGAAUGUCUCCGGUGCCCCUGCUCUACAGUGUUUUCCACUGGCAGCUGUCGAAUAAAGCCUGGUCACCACACGCCAACCUGUGACAAGUGUAAACUUGGCUACACGGGUGACCUCUGCACCCAGUGUGACAGCGGCUACUACAACUCUGACAGCAUCUGCAUAAAAUGUCAGUGUAAUGGGAAUGUGGACCCAGCCCGGUCCCCACGGGUCUGCAAGCCGGACACGGGAGAAUGCAUCGGCUGCCUUUACCACACGGCUGGGUUGCAUUGCGAAACAUGUCGGGACGGUUACGUCAGAAAUCCUGAAGGAGGAAACUGCACCAAGAAAGAACCCAUUUCUGGUCCUGAAGGCAAAGGACUCCCCCCUCCAUCUCCGUCUCCAAACAUCAGUGCUCCUACAGCUUUGCCGACGACAGCCGUCAACAGCACGUUCAUCCAGACAACGGUGCCGUCUGUUUUCCCCAUCAGCUCCUCCGACAAUGGCACCUCGACUUUAGCGGAUGUCUCAUGGACGCAGUUCAACAUCAUCAUUCUGACGGUCAUCAUUAUUUUGGUGGUUUUGCUGAUGGGCUUUGUGGGCGCUGUCUACAUGUACCGUGAAUAUCAGAACCGGAAACUGAACGCCCCCUUUUGGACCAUUGAGCUCAAGGAAGACAAUAUCAGCUUCAGCAGCUACCACGACAGCAUUCCCAAUGCGGACGUCUCGGGCUUGUUGGAGGACGAUGGGAAUGAGGUGGCACCCAAUGGUCAGCUGACGUUAACCACUCCCAUGCAUAACUACAAAGCAUAACGAAAA